GUGGUGUUGUUGUAAAUUAAUGGUGGACACCCAGCUGUUGUGAGUGGAACUUUCUCCUCGACCCAUUCGCACGUUUUAUUACGUCGAUUAACUUUACGUAAUAGCCAAAUAGAAUUCGGAUGUGACUCCCGGAAUCACCUAACGCAGCUCGAGGCCGAAAACUCAGGUCAGCGCUUGCGAACAGGCGCCGACGGCUCGAAAAGGGUAUCGCGGCUGGGUACUGGCGAACGGCACUUGAGCUGGGGAUUUUAAGAUUUGAAAGCUUUCAAAAUUUCCUGAGUCGCUACAAUGAAUGCAUUGGCAGAGAAACUUAAACUGGCUGACUCAAGAGAGCGAGAGCUAAGACUUGGCUCGUCGUUUUACAAGAAAAAUGCUCCUGGUUCGUCCUUUCACACGGUGAAAUAUGACUUCAAGCCAGCGAGUGUUGAUGUGCAGAAAAUGGCCACAGUUGAUGUCGGCUCAACCAAUGAUAUUACCAUCACUGUCCCAAAUGUGGACGGAGCUAGUUUGGGGCACACUGUGUAUCGUGGAAACCAAAAGCCAUAUAACAAGGAGUGCGUCCUCAUUUUUGACCACACCACGGGAGAAUUUACUUUGGAGAGGCUAAGCAGUAACAUCCAGGUCAAGAAGACGAGAUGCGAAGGGCCUUCAAAGCUGGGAAUCCCGCGUUCGGAUACUCCCGAAGUGUCCAAACGACUCUCGCCUCACUCGAAGCUAUCCCCACACCAUCCCUCUGCCCCUACUCCGCCUUACGGCUCGUCCAAGCCGUACUGCUCGCCAUGCAUGCCCAGGCACUCGCCCCUGCACGCGUCACCCCCUUUGCCAAGUCACAGCCCUCUUGCCAAUGCACAAGUUUCACCCAACUACCCGACGGUACCUACUUCGGCAGCUGCCCUGUCAUCACCCAGUUUACCAAUUAUCGGCCUUGAUGAUGGUCCGCCUUCAAGCGACUUUGGAAACAUUCAGGAGGAUGAAAUUGGUGUGCUGUCAGAUUCCUCAAGUGACAGCAGCAGCGAUAGUGCCUCAAGUGACAGUGAGCCAGAGCCACCGCCACCGCCACGACCUAAGCCUCAGCUAAAUGGUCACACAAAUGGUCGAGCUUCUCCAGCGCCAACUUUGCCUAUGACGCCUGUAUUUUCUGAUUGUCUUUUGAGCGAAGAUCUACAACUCUCAGAGUCUGGGUCUGACAGCGACUAAUUAUCCAAGUCCAACCGCAUCAUCCAAUCCAUUCCAAGGCCUCUCUUGAUUGCUUGUGUAAAUUAGUUGAAUGUCUCUUUUUUAUACAGUUACAACCAAAGCUUGUUGUUAAAAUUUUGUCGCAUUGACAUGAAAUAUUUUUGUAUUAGGUUUUUGCUUGAAGAGCUUAAGCCAAUGAAAUGCUAAGAAUUGGCUCUAAUCAUUCGCCUUCCACAUUAAAUGAAAUUUGUAAAAUUAUAUUAAUUAUAACAGAGAAAAGAGGCAUCUUCUAAUAAGGAUGAAGUUAAUUUGUCUUAAACGACAACCGAUGCAAGUCUUUGCAGGGAAUGUUUGAACAGGGAACAUUUCAGUAAAGCAACUUAAUAAAACGAAUGAAAAUAAAA